AUGCUUCAAAGAAUGGACGAAGAUCCCAAUAUCGCUAAUUGCAUACUAUGGUCGGAUGAAUCCAGUUUUCCUACUUGUGGGGAAGUUAAUAAACAAAAUAAUAGGAUGUGGGCAACAAACAAUCCAAAUUUUACAAAAGUAAUCAAAACUCAAGGAAGGCAUAAAACAAGGCAGAGGCGUCUCAACGAUAACCUUCCAGUGGCAGCGGGAACUUCAAAGGAGAAAACUCAAAAAGCUAGGGGCACUAUUCAAAGCGCCACAACCACGGAACAAGCUUCCAACCAAAGGUCCCCUACGAGAAACAAGGUCCACUACGAAAAGCAAACCACGGGCCAAGAAUCCACGACAUUGGAUACACUAGCCCAGAUACCACGACAUGCGGAAGACAAAGCCAGAACAUCUACAAAAGCAAUUGUUUGA